UCUGUCUUCUACGUAUGUAUAUCUAAUGAACCGAUUUCCUCGGUUUUGCAUUCGUUGGAAAGGUCUCGAGCUCCGUGAGGUUUAUAGCAAAGAAAAUUCAGGAAAAAUUUCAACAUAAAAGCGGGAAAAUCUUUUUUUACAUACAGCGCCAUCUCUGAUACAUAGCAUGUACUACAAGCAAAUAUGUAUGUAUUUUAAGAAGAUGGCGCAGGUGCGUGAUACAUUGUUUAUCAGCUACUCAUUGUUCUCUGCUCAGUUAAUUUCAUGUGACAAACCGGUAUUGUGUUCACUGUGAAAUUGUGAAAAAAAAAUAAAAAAAUAAGUUAUUCGUUUCCAUCACUUCAAUUGGAAAAAAUCAAAUUGUGAAAAUUUUCAUUUAAUUUCUACAGCAGGCAUUUCUCAUUAAGGAGUCCAAAAUGCCUAAAGGACGACGUGCGAACAUCGGCCGCCGCACAAGACAUGCAAGCCAGCAACAAGUUUAUUCACAGAACUUAAGCGAAGAAAGACAAAAUUCAACAAGAGAAAAUGCCCGAUUGAGACAACGCAUGAGGACACGAAGAUCAUUGGCAUCAUACAAUCGCUUGGCAUUCCAAUAUGAUCCCACUGCGAACUACAGUGAUGAUGAAAAUUUAGAUAUUGGACAAAUGACGACUGUAUGCCGAUAUUGCAAUGCGUUGAAGUUCAAAAGAGAAACGGCUGGAUUGUGCUGCGCAAGUGUAAAAGUCAAACCAUCCGGAUCCAUUACUUACACCACCACCUUUGAUGGAAGUGAUCCCGAUUCUAGCCAUUUUCUUCAACACAUCCUUGAAUACAAUAACUGCUUUCGCAUGACUUCCUUUGGAGCUAAUAUCAUUCGAAAAGACGGAUUCAUGCCGACUUGCAAGGUUAGCGAUCACUCACACCAACAAAAUGAAUUGCAACCCAUAACAACUACAUAUACACCACACACUACACCAUCAUACGAUCAGAAGUUACACCGUAUUCUUCAACAAAUGAUGGUUUGCAAUUACAGAUACAAGGACAAAUAUAUCAUUUGCAUGGUUCAAUGGUGCCAAGACCAGAUGAACCGCAUCAAUUUCUGCAAAUAUGUAUAUUUCAUUUCGUCGAUGGUGGAUCAGCUGAAUGUGCGGUGCAAUAUACAGGGAACACAACAGUUAAAGAGGCGAAUUAUUGAACAGUUACAAGCAUUUUUUCACACUAAUAAUGCUGUGAUUAAUAUGUUCAAAACAGCAUUGGAACGAAUGCCAUCGGAUACGCACAAAUUUGUCAUAAGAGCGGAUUGUACCCCAACAGGUGAACAUGUGCGAAGAUUCAAUGCACCAACCGUUAAUGAUGUUGCUGCAGCUAUUGUUAGCGAUUCAACUAAAUCGCGAGACAUUGUCGUUCAGCGAAGAAGCAAUAUCAUGCAUCGUGGAAACGAGACACAUCGUUUGUACGAUGCGUUACAAUAUCCAAUCAUUAAUUGGCAAGGGCAAGACGGAUACGACAUCACGUUGAAGAUGGUCGAUCCAAUUACAGGCGUAUCAACGAAUAAAAAUCUAAGCGCAAUGAAUAACUAUGCAUAUCGUAUGAUGAUUCGUACAAAUGAGGAGAAUGUCAUUCUGGAGUGCCGUCGGCUAUUCCAGCAAUUCGCUGUCGACAUGUAUGUCAAAGUCGAGACCGAACGUUUAGCGUUCAUCCGAUUCAAUCAGGCAAAGCUACGAUCUGAGGACUAUAUACACUUGCGUGAUGCUACUCAUUCAGAUGGUGAUGUUCAGAAUAUUAAACUUACGACGAUUCUCCCACCAUCUUAUAUCGGAAGCCCACGCCACAUGCACGAAUACGCUCAAGUCGCUAUGACGUACGUGCGAAAUUAUGGAACUCCGGAUUUAUUUAUUAUUUGAGUUGAACCGGGCCAAAAACCGCAAGAUCUCCAUGACAUAAACGCAAGAGUAUUUCAGCAAAAGCUAAAGGUUAUGAUGGAUGUGCUGAAAUGUAAUUUUUCUUUUUCAAAUAUAAAACAAAAAAAAAUGUUCUUUAUCAUUUAAUCGAAACCAAAACGAAAUGUUACAUAAAAUGAUGCAAUUUGGUGGCGAAAUGGAGUUCGCCGGGUUUUCUAGUAGUAUAUAAAAGA